GGAGAGCGCGAGGCACUGAGCGCUCCUCAUUCAGUAAGGAGCUCAUUGAGGAGCUGACUAACCCUCCAGAGUCUCUGCAGUUCAGCCUCUGAAGAACACUUUCACUUUUUAAAUCUCCACAACAAAUCUCUGUGGACUCUCCGGACUGUUACUGGACUCCUCCGGGCUGCACCGGGCUUGUUUUUAUCCUCCUCGCAGGUUCUGGUGUUUUCCUGGUGAUGACCUCCCUGCUGUUCCCUGGCAACCCCCACGCUGCGAUGAAGGACCUCUCCUCCUCCUCUCCGCUCAGCUCCCUGCUCCACUACCCGUCCUCCAAGACCUCCGUCGCGCCGUUCUCCCCGUCCGCCGGCGCCGCCUCGCCGCCCGGGUCGUCUCUGUCGUCGGCCCCGCUCACCAAACCCCAGCCCUUCUGCCUACAGACGGGGCCCCACCUCAUCGCCAGCAUGCAGCUGCAGAAGCUCAACUCGCACUACCAGAACCUCGCCGGGGCCUCGGCGGGACACCCGGCGCCUGGCGGCGCUCAGCGGGGCUUCGGGGCCUCGCCUCUGGGCGCGGGGAACCAGCUCCUCGGGGCGUCCGGAGGCCUCGGUGGAGGCGGGAUGGGCGUCGGCAUGGGGAACCAAAGCUCCGCCGCCGGCGGAAUUAUCGACUUUGACCCCGUGGACGAGGAGGUCCUCAUGUCGCUGGUGGUGGAGCUCGGUUUGGACCGAGCCAACGAACUGCCCGAGCUCUGGCUGGGUCAGAACGAGUUCGAUUUCAUGUCGGACGUGCCGGCCGGUUGCUGACCUACGAGAACGACAGAAACUACCGAGACGCAGCGCGGAUUGUUUGACAAAGAGAUUGUCUCUCCUCUGUUUGGUUCUCUCUCCUCCCUUUCUUUCUUUGAUCAAAUGAGGAAACUGAAGAGACGCUGACCGACAAACAGAAAAGUAAAAGAAGGCUUAAAGAAAGAAAGCAAACUGUUUUUCGGUCCAUUCAGUCGUGAAUUUGUCUCUUCCAGGAUGAAACUGGUGGUUGAAAACCAACCUGGUGGGAUAAAGAAGUCUCAUCGCACACAUUCUGUUAUUUUUCCAUUUAAAUGAUUCUUUUCGUUGGUAAAACAAGGUGAUCGGCGGACGCUUGGAGACCUUUCAGAACACCAAACAGAAGCGAUGACUUCGGCACACCUGUUGGACUUUCCUUAGCGUUCUUCUCUCUCGAUCAACUUUAGGAAAAUGAGGACUUCAUGGGGAGAUUCGUGAAGGAUGACAAACACCACGUUUCCUGUUUUCUUCAUGCACAAUAUCAGACUCUGGUCUCACGGGAAACAGACUCCCGUCUCUCGCCUUCACAAAGAAACCGAUUGUCUGAGAACUGGUUAUCUCAAUGUUCUUCUCUUUUCUUUCCUUUUUGUGUGUUUGAAUUCAGUUCAACCAGUCGUAUUCACAGGACACGUUAUUUAAGACAGUGACUGAUAUGCAUCUGGACGUCUGGACAAGGAGCGCUUCUGUAAGCGCGUCUCUGAGCGUAAUGAAUUUGAUCAAAGGGGGGCGUGGAGUCGGAGCACGGGACCUGAAUGGAGGAGACUGUUUCCCGCUCCGGAGCACAGCCACAUUAAAACGACGCAGGCCUUCUGUUGGGUCAUGUGAGUCGCUGAUACAUGUUUUGUUUUCUGUAAAAGACAAACACUGACCCGGGUUGGUGUCAGUGAUCCUUGAUGGCACUUCUUCCUACAUGGAGGUUACGAGGUUGUUGACUUCCAAGACGAGAUAAAUUCACCUGCCUUUUGAUUCUCCUGUUUUACCACUUUAGAUGUUUGUGUCAAAACGAGUUUGUCCAGCCUCAAAAGAUCCUAUUGUCACCACACUUCCCCAUCAUUUGACCUGGAGGCACACAACACACACACACACACACACACACACUGUGGUUUUGCUUUCUGCAGAGCUUUCAGAUGCUAUUACUGCUCGCGGCUAACAUGUUAGCAUCAUUAGCUACCAGUUUCUGUUCGUCCUUACUUCCUUACUGCGUCUCUACUGCGUCUCUACUGCGUCUCUACUGUGUCUCGUAGGUAAAGUCAACUCUCCACCUACCAGGCGUCGUGUCCCCGGGGUUUAAAUUGACACCCACCCCUCCACCUCUCGCCCACCUAUAGGAGCUGCACCGUGCUGGCUCCUCCUGUGGAUGGUUGCAUGCCAGCAUGGGGGCUCUGACCUGUAUAUCUGUUGUGGUAAGAAGAGACGGGGGCUCGAACCGUGCGACGGCAACAAAGGCCUUUCACCUCAACCUGCCGUGUCUGUCAUCCUGGGCAUUGUGGGUCUCCUCUUGGACCACGCACACAUGAAAUAACACACCUGCAUACAUAUACUCUAUAUAUAUAUAUAUAUAUAUAUACGUACACACACCAAACUAUAGCGGCGGGCUAUACAAAGGCCUCGAAAAUAAACCCCUGCCACACACACACACACACACACAGGAGCGUUGGGGAUGGUGUUACAGCAUGGAAACGGGAGAAGCAGCCGUGAAACCGGCACUUGUUCAGUUACACACAGACUUCACGGGUUAUUGGGGCUGUUUGAAAAGAGAUAAGAGCGUCUGCAGGUCUGGAGAUGGAAGUGUGUGUGAGGGGGAAACUCUGAGCAGCAGGAAGACCACAUGGCGGUGGGAAAACAACGCGCCGUGCCUUGUUCAUUUAUUUAGAUACAGACGGGUCAGCUUACACACAGUUCCUCAACAAGCCGGCUAUUUUGUCUGCACACACACACGCUGCCUAAUGACAGUUGUUGAUGUCGAUUGGAGUCUCGGUUACUGUAAUUCAACUUCCUUUUUCUUUCCUAAAUGAAACGCGAGAAGCAGUGAUUGAUGAGUAAUUUGACAGAAUUCUCUACUUUAAAAAAAGGGAUUUAGCAGGAAAUUUACCACUUUACUGAGAGACGCUUCUCAUCGCCCCCAAAUCCAAAAGACAGACGCACUGAUUCUGGUUUUCCGGCCCGUCUCGUCGACUAAGCGGGUCAAAAUAACAUUCUUCAAAUUACAGAAAGUCUCGUGUUUGUUUCCAUCUGCUCAACAUUGUUUUAAAGUUCCUCGUGUGUGUGUGUGUGUCUUGUUUCGUGGUCCAGCCUUGAUCCCAGCUGAGUGAAUGUUAUUGUUGCUGUAUGGAGCACCCCCCACCCUCCUCCUCCUCCUCCUCCUCCUCCUCUGAGAAGUUGCCUGGUCGAGAUGUUUGAAUCAUCUGGGGUUUCAUUUCCUCUUCUCCUUCACGCCCGAUAUUGCAGAUUAACCCCGGCAGAGACCUUUUGAACCAAAAUAUACCUCACAGCUAUCUGGUGUCUGAUGACUAAAACUGAGCUCCAUGCAAAAAUAUUCCUCUUUUCCGCUUUCAAUUUAGCUUCGAAAUACCACAGGCCAUCGACAAAAUAUCAGUAAAAAAGACGUGUACCGACCAGGAAGAGACUCAAAAUGAUGGCAAAGAAUCAUCAGAACAGCUAAGAGACACAAAAAUACUUCAAAGAGACCAAAACAGCUAAAAAGAGACACAAAGGAGCUCACAACGACUGUGAAAAUUGGUAUAACAACCUUGGAGAGACACAACAUUGCUAUAAAUUUACACAAAAUAAACACAAAGACACCAAAACAACUGAAAAGAGACGCCAAACAACGACAAAAAGACCAAAAC